AUUAAGAAACUCCAAAUCUUAUAAUUUUCCUCUCUAGAAUUGGAGUAUAAUUACGAAAGAUGCCGGCUGUUAUCUUUGUAAUUAAAGUCUUAAUUACUAUCAUCUUAGUCUUGAUGGCAAUUACAAUUACUAAUGCACAAGUACUACGACUCGAUGCCCAUUUUUACAACGAUAGUUGCCCACAAGCUGAGGAUAUAAUCCGAGAGACCCUUAUUAAUUCGAUUGCCCGCGAUCCAAAGGUGCCACCCCGCAUCCUUAGGAUGUUCUUCCACGACUGUUUCAUAAGGGGAUGUGACGCUUCAAUUUUACUUGACUCAACGCGAGAAAAUAAGACAGAAAAAGAUGGGCCUCCCAAUAUAUCGGUUAGGGCAUUUUAUGUCAUCGACAAUGCAAAAGCAAAGCUUGAAAUGGCUUGCCCUCGUACUGUCUCUUGUGCUGAUAUAGUUGCCAUUGCUGCAAGGGAUGUGGUAGCCUUGUCUGGUGGUCCACAUUGGCAUGUUUUAAAAGGGAGAAAAGAUGGAAGAGUGUCAAAUGCCAAUGAAACUGUAAACCUUCCUGCCCCAACUUUCAACUUAACUCAACUCAUCAAUAGCUUCUCCCAGAAGGGAUUGGGAAUAAAUGAUCUCGUCGCUCUCUCGGGUGGACACACCGUCGGUUUCUCCCACUGCUCGUCUUUCGAAUCGCGCAUUAGUAAUUUUAGCCCUCAAAACAACAUCGACCCCAGCAUGGACAUGGAGUUUGCCAAGGAUUUAAUUAAGAAUAAAUGUCCUAAAACAAAUCAGGUUCAUGAUAACAAUGCCGGACAGUUCUUGGACUCGACUCCUUCCACAUUUGACAAUGUUUACUAUAAACAGGUCAAAGCAGCCAAGGGAUUGUUUGGAUCGGAUCAGACCUUGUAUGGUGACUUCAGGACGAAACGGAUGGUCGAUUCGUACGCGGAUGAUCAGAAUUUGUUCUUUAGAGAUUUUGCCAGUUCAAUGGUGAAACUGGGGAACGUGGGUGUGAAAGAAAAUCGUGGAGAAGUGAGACUCAAUUGCAGAUUCGUGAACUAAGACUUGAUGAGAAAAUAUUAAAAUAAAUUGUCUUUUUUUUUUUUUUGGAAAUAAUUGAUACAAUUCUACUAUUUUACUCUAUAACAAGACUUUGAAUUGUUGUUGAGACUUAAAUAAUAUGCUUUCUUUUUGUUUUAA